AAUGCCCCCAGCCUUGGAAGCCAGAAAUAGAAAAUUUUUUCUUAAGAAGAAGCAAAUCCGGAUUCUCAGUGGAGCAUGCCAUUAUUUUCGAAUUGUUCCUGAAUAUUGGAAAGAUAGACUAAUAAGACUGAAAGCAGCUGGUUUAAAUUGCGUUGAAACUUAUAUUCCAUGGAAUUUCCACGAAAGACAUAGAGACAAUUUCGAUUUCAAGGGAUGGAGGAAUAUUAGGCGUUUUGUAAUGCUGGCAAAAGAAUUGGAUCUUUUGGUUAUUAUCCGGCCUGGUCCCUAUAUUUGUGCCGAAUGGGAGUUUGGUGGUUUACCUAGCUGGCUGUUGAGUGACCCUUAUAUGCAAGUUAGAUCUUCUUAUAAGCCUUUUGUAGAGAGAGUAGAAAAAUAUUUCCUUUCCCUCUUACCGGAAUUAGUUGAUCUACAAGCAUCUAAUAACGGCCCUAUCAUAGCUUGGCAAAUCGAAAACGAAUACGGCUCAUAUGGAGAAGACAGAAUUUAUACGAAUUUUUUAGAGAGCUGCUUGAAAAGAGAAGGAGUAACAGAGCUGUUAUUUACUUCGGACAACGGUGCCGGAAUUAUGAAAGGCCCUUUAUCCGGUAUUUUAGCUACUGUUAAUUUCCAAGAAUUGGAGCAUGGGAAACUUUUAUUUCAUUAUCUGAAGCAUUCGCUUCAACCGAAAAUGCCGUUAAUGGUAAUGGAAUUCUGGUCAGGGUGGUUCGAUCAUUGGAAGGGAAAGCACGAAGUUUGGCCAGCAGAAGAAUUUGAAAAAGUACUUCGUUGGAUUCUGAAUGAAGGAAGUUCGGUGAAUUUUUAUAUGUUUCAUGGUGGUUCAAAUUUUGGUUUUUGGAAUGGUGCCAACGAGGAAUUGUCGGCAACUAACGAACAAGAGGCAAUGAACUACGCACCAGAUGUCACUAGCUAUGGUUGGAAGGAGGCUAAGAAAAUUUGGUAG